GCUUCCCGCCAGCUCAUAAACCCAGAGUUCCCCUCUCCGCCGCUCCAGAGCGCUCCGCCCGGCCCAGGCACUAUUCUUCGAUCAUCGAGUUUCAUGGCUAAGACAAUCCCAUCCCCCGCAACAGCAUGUGCUGAGUAUAUCGCUCUCAGCUCCUUCUUUUAUCAGAUCCCUGCUCCAGUCGCUCGAAAUGCAAUUAAUCAGUCGUCAAUCGACCAAGAGAAUUACGUCUUGCCUUUCUCUAAAGAGCGUGGGCUAACCGAAGUUCUUGCAUUCCUUGCGAAGACUAAGGAUGGGUGGGAUCAUAUACCUGCGGUUUGCGUAGAACAGAACCCACCUGGAACAGUUUUAAAUGUCAUCCUAGCCAUCAACAAAAGCACCUACGCUGAUGGAGAUGACAUUCUACAAAAACUGAAAAGAAGCUUUAAAGGCAUAUUCCACGUACUUCAUGAUUCACAAUAUGACAGGCCCGAGCUUCAAAGGGAAACUUUUGCGUCAAUCCUCUCAAUGUGCUCAUCGCGGGUUAUAUCCCGAUUGCGACUCGAGCGGAAGGCAACUAAGAGACCUAUUCAAGACCUCCUGAAAGAGGCGAUAUUUAGUAUUCGACGGAUUAAUCCUCAGAAGCUUCACAGCAAAGACUUAUCGGUCACAUCGUCAUCAUUCACCUCAGAGGCAAGCAAGGUCAUACACCUAGUUGAUCGAUGGUUGAAACACCAAGCUCUGGAUGAGCUAGGUGAUCUGGUGGAAGGAAUACAUCACUUGCAACAAACAGCGCCACGCUUUUACGAUUUGUUAAAUCUAAUCUCGAACAAUGACAUAGAUCCGUCCUCGAGAUCCAGUUUAUUUAACAUCAUCAGAAAGGUCUCAAGGUACUGGGAAGCCGCUAGGGAACUGUAUCGUAUGGCAAAGAAAUUUCCAUUGGUCCGGAAUAUGAAAAUUCAACUGGCAAGCCUGCCCCAAAAGGCAUUCGAAGGUCAAAUAAACUCCAUCGAGUUCUCUGACCCAUGUUCGUGUCUAUCUAGGCUUGGAUUCGUCAAGGGGCAACGAACUGUGUCUCAAUUGUGCCACAAUUUAAAACUUGAUCAAAAAGCUGCCUUUACCAGGUAUAAAGGAGCCCAAAAGGCUCUUUCAGCACCAAAAAUCCAUGCUAAAAUUCAAAUCAUCGCCUUUUGUGAAAUACAAGCCCCAAAGCUGUUUCCACGAGUGGUUAGUUCAAGCAAAGACGCGUGCUUUCUCUGCAACACUUUCAUUCAACUAUACGGACGAAUGCAUACUCCGAAAACCCAUAGUCGGCUUUAUCCCGGCUGGAGACUCCUAAGUCUGCCGAAAUUUAGAGUCCUCCAGCAGAAACUCAAUAAAAGACUUAUUGAAAGUCUUCAGCACGAUAUUUCUCUAGGCCUAGUUCAGGGGAAGCUGCCUAUUCGUCCGUUUCCCAAUGAAAGCACCCUUCUCACAUUACCGGCUUCGUCAACAACGGUGAGUAUAGCAGAGCUUAUUUCAGAGAUCUCAGAAGGAAAGAUUUCUUCGGUUGACUCGUCUAUUAUCCUGUCGGACGAUUCGCCAAAAUAUAACCCUUCAUUAGCAGUCAGCCGAAUUCCAAGCACUAAGAUCCCUUCGGAUAAUUCCGUGAAGACCGUUUACCUGCUCGAAGGGGAA